UAAUUUUUCAGACUAGCCAGCCAGCCAGCCACUGAGCCGGUAAGCGUGGUAUGGUGCUUGUGCUUUCUAAAGAGCAGCAAGGUAGAUAGCUAACGCUAAUUUUCUAGACUUUUCUUGAAUUUUAGUUGAAAUAUAACGUAGAUCAUACAUCAGAAGAACAGAAAGCAGCACUUUGCAGCAGUGUUUAUUGGUGCGCCUCUUCAUUACCUAGCGUUAUAUAAGGAAUUUAAAACUUUAUUUUUAUUUUUUUGCUGUGGCGCUUUAUUUAUUAACCAAGGAGGACGGAUAGUUAGCUUAGCUGACUAGCUAACAUUUUAUUUCACCGUUGUUUAGCUAAUUCUAUAUUUCGAUAUAACGUUAUCUAAUGUUAACAUCUGUGUUUGCGGAUUUUAGCUAGCCUUACUAUAGUUGGGAAGUAAACCAGUUUCAUAACUUAGCGAGCUAAAGCUAGCAAUCUAGCUAAUAUUUUUUUCACAUCCCAAGCGGCAGCUUUGAGCGUGAUCAAAAUGCCCCAGAAGCGGCGAUCGCAGUCAUGGACAGAGCUGAAACAAGCCGGUAACGAAUGUUUUAAGGCCGGCCAAUAUGGAGAAGCUAUCUCUCUAUACAGCCAAACCAUCAGCUUGUUACAGAAGUCAGGUCAAAAGAACCAACAGGAUCUGAGUAUUUUGUAUUCAAACCGGGCAGCCAGUUACUUGAAAAAUGGAAACUGCGGUGAAUGCAUUAAUGACUGCACUACAUCACUUGAGCUGGCCCCAUUUGGGAUUAAAUCUUUGCUUCGACGUGCAGCAUCAUAUGAGGCUUUGGAGAGAUAUAGACAAGCCUAUGUUGACUAUAAAACGGUCUUACAAAUAGACUGCAACUUGCCUGCAGCUCAUGAUGGCACCAACAGAAUGACAAAGGCUCUGAUAGACAUGGAUGGACCAUCUUGGCGAGAAAAGCUUCCUCCGAUCCCCACUGUUCCAAUGGCCAUAAAAGAGAAACUAUUGCAAUCUGCUAGCACAGCCCCCACUAUACAGCAGAAUGGAGUCCAGGAAACCAGUAAUCAAGUGGCUGGUGAUGAUAAAAAGGCCAGGUUGCUGAAGGAGGAGGGUAAUGCUUUUGUAAAGAAAGGAGAGCAUAAAAAAGCUGUGGAGAAAUACACACAGUCUCUCAGUCAAGACCCCACAGAGGUCACAACCUACACAAACAGGGCUUUGUGCUACUUGUCUCUAAAGAUGUACAAGGAAGCUGUGAAGGACUGUGAAAAGGCUCUUCAGCUGGACUCCGCUAAUGUUAAAGCCUUGUAUAGGCGUGCACAGGCAUACGUGGAGCUCAAAGACAAGAGAGCUUGUGCGGAGGAUCUCAAGAGCUUACUCAAAAUCGAGCCAAAGAACACAGCUGCACAGAAGCUACUGCAGGAAGUGCAGAAGAUGAAAUAACUUUUGUAAGACUCCCAUGGACAUGGGGAAGGCAGUUCAAGUGCCUCAAGUAAAUCUGCCUUUCAAUGCUACACCACCGUUUGAGACAUUCAGAUAUUAACUGAAUCAUAAUGGACAUAGUCACUUCCUAAUAUCUUUGAGGUUCUUCCUUAAUGUGUAUUGAGUGUGUGGUGAUGUUUUUUUAUGGAAGCACAUCUGCAUACAUGUAGUCCUGAUAGUGAUUCAUGAAGUGGACAUAUUUUGAUUAGUGUUUAUCAAAAACAUGCCCUCAGUUCUGGUUUUGUGUUGGUUGAUCAGCAGUGGGCUAACUACCCAUUCCCAGCUCCUUGGAUGGCUGGAAAACUGAAUGAUUGAUUGUUAUGCAGUUAACUAAUGUACCUUGUUACUGCAGUUGUUUGUACUUUUAUCAGGGUACAUAAAUAAAAUUAUUAUUGGAACUAAGUAUUCAUCAGAAUGAUUCUCUAACCAUUUACUCCAUUUGUGCUUUGUAUAAGAAAUAGUUCACAGCUGAAUUGGGUAUUAAAUGUACACACAUGCUAGAAAUAUGUCCUUAAUUCACUCCCACAAUUCAAAGCUGAUGCUUACACGAUUUAGUUAAGCAAACAUUAAAGUUUAAUUUACUCUUUAUUGCAAAUAAAGUGCAUUGGGCUGUUGCCUACAGAAGUAGGUGUAGAAGUUGUAAAUUAAAUUACAGCUCUGUAAUGGAAUGUGCAGAUGCUUCAGGUUGUGUCAUUUUAAGGCUAAGCAAACAUGCCAGAACCACUCAUUUAUGUUUGGCAUUACUUGACCAUUUAAAAUUUUACUAUAUAUUUAAAUGACAUUUUGGAGUAUAUCCACAGUCAGUUUGUUUUGCUAGUUCAUGUAUGUAUGUCAUAAUAAAGAAACUUUAUUUUUAA